GGGUGUAUUCUUAUUCUGUUAUCUUGUUGCAAUGCCUGAUCCAGCUAAGUCCGCUCCCGCUCCGAAGAAGGGCUCCAAGAAGGCGGUGACCAAGGCGCAGAAGAAGGAUGGCAAGAAGCGUAAACGCAGCCGCAAAGAGAGCUACUCUGUUUACGUUUACAAGGUUCUAAAACAGGUCCACCCCGACACCGGCAUCUCCUCCAAAGCCAUGGGGAUCAUGAAUUCCUUUGUCAACGAUAUCUUCGAGCGCAUCGCCGGCGAGGCUUCCCGCCUGGCUCAUUACAACAAGCGUUCGACCAUCACCUCCAGGGAGAUCCAGACGGCCGUGCGUCUGCUGCUGCCUGGGGAACUGGCCAAGCACGCCGUGUCCGAGGGCACUAAGGCCGUCACCAAGUACACCAGCUCUAAGUAAAUGGACGCAUGUUCAAACCCAAAGGCUCUUUUCAGAGC